AUGGCGGCGUCGUCGCUCGCGCGUGCGUCGGCGAACGCGCGCGAGCGACGAUCGCUGCGAAUGCGUCGAUCGUCGCCGUCGUCGACCGCGCAACGAUCGUCUCGACGCGUGAUCGCGCGCGCGGAUGGCUCUCAAGACGCGCUGAUGGUGCGCGCGGCGCGAGGGGAAAAAGUCGAGCGAGCGCCGGCGUGGAUGAUGCGACAAGCGGGGAGAUACAUGAAGGAGUAUCGCGACCUCGCGGCGAAGCACCCGAGCUUUCGGGAGCGGAGCGAGACCACGGAUUUGAUCGUCGAGAUCACGAUGCAGCCGUUUCGGGCGUUUAAACCGGAUGGAGUGAUUUUGUUUAGCGAUAUAUUGACCCCGUUUCCGGCGUUCGGGAUCGAUUUCGAGAUUGACGACUACAAAGGACCGAUGCUGGAGAAGACGAUUACGACCGAGGAGGAUUUGAAGAUGCUUCGCGAGGUCGAUCUGUCCAAGGUGGAGUUCGUCGCCGACGCGCUGAAGAUUUUGAGACAAGAGGUCGGAGACGAAGCGGCUGUUCUCGGGUUCGUCGGCGCGCCGUGGACGCUGUGCACGUACAUCGUCGAGGGGAAGUCGACGAGCACGUACAAAACCAUCAAGUCCAUGUGCUUCACCGCUCCGGAUGUCCUGCGCACGCUGUUGUCGCACGUCGCGGACGCGUUGGCGGUGUACAUUGGAUUUCAAAUCGACGCGGGGGCGCAGGUUAUUCAAAUUUUCGACUCGUGGGGGGGGCAACUGCCGCCGCACAUGUGGGAGGAGUGGAGCAAGCCGUACAUCGAGCGCGUCGUGAACAAGGUGAAGCAAACGCACCCAGGAGUGCCGAUCACGCUCUACGCCAACGGUUCGGGCGGACUGUUGGAGCGCAUGGCGACUCUCCCGGUGGACACCAUCGGUUUGGACUGGACGAUCGACAUGGAGGACGGUAGACGCCGCGUCGGCGACAAGGCGGUGCAGGGCAACGUCGAUCCGGUAGUUCUCUUCGCCGGGGACGACGCGAUCGAAAAGGCCGUUCGGGACGUGUGCCGCAAGGCGGGCCCGACCGGACACGUCCUCAACCUCGGUCACGGCGUGCUCGUGGGAACUCCCGAAGAGGCGGUCAAGCACUUCUUCGACGUCUCCAAGACGAUUACGUACUGA